AUGGCUGUUGUAUCAAGUAGCUCAUCAGUCGAUCUGGGGAAGCUGGGCGUGGGUUCCGCCCUUCCCGACCAACAAUUCCAAUGUGCUGCUGGCCCAGAGGAGGAUUGGACCGGCACAGUGGAUCCCAAGGUUCGACGAAAGCUGCAAAACAGGCUUAACCAGCGCGCCUACCGUCGACGCAAGAUGCUAGAAAAAGCAGAAAAGAUCAAAAAUUCUAAGACCGUCUUGACGACCGUUCCAGCCGAUGAAAGUUCUCCAACAUUUGAAGAUAGCAUCAUACCACUCCAAGUAGCUAUGAUGAAAGCAGAAGGCAAUCGAGAAUUCGUCCAUCCCAUAUUCCGGCGUGGGCAGAACUGCAUCAUUGUCACAGACCCUAAGACCGAUGGCUAUCGCUUGCGAUAUGUCCCACCUAAGAUCGCCCCCGACAACCUUCUUCUCUCACUUAUCCACUACAAUGUCAUCAGAGCUUUCUUAACCAAUCUGCAAUACUUUAAUAUACCACUUGCAGCCCUCAUGUCGGACGAGAUCACAAGUCCCUUCUGCACUUCAAAUACCGUCCCUGAGAACCUACCCUUAACUCUCCACCCUACACCAAUGCAGAUGAUAUACCCACACCACCCGUAUAUAGAUUUAUUUCCCUGUUCCAAGGCGAGAGAUAACAUGAUUAUGAUGUUGACCCGAGAUAAGGGUCUCGUCGAUGAUGCUAUGUGCGAUGAUUUAUGUUGUACCGAAGGAGAGAGCGGGUUGGUUGUUUGGGGGCCACCGGAGAGGAUUGAGAGCUGGGAGAUUACGCCGCAUUUUGCUGGGAAAUGGAGUUGGUUGAUUAAGGGCUGCACGGAGCUGCAAAGGGCAACGAACAGAUGGCGGGAGGCGAGAGGGGACCUUCCAAUUAGGUUUGAAGUGAUUAAUGAGUCUUGA